CUAAAACUAAAACAGUAAACACAAUCUCUGAGAAUUCAAUGCGAAGGGCUUAUUGCUCGGGAAGCUCCGAAAGCCAUGUUAAAACUUUAAGUUAUACAAAUCUUUAAACUUGUUUUUUUUAGGUAAAUGAUUUAAUAGCUCCUCGGUUAAAACCUGCAAACUGUGAGCACAUCAACUGGAAAGGGCCGAAUGGUUGAUAAGCGAGAGCAGUGAGCUGUUAUGGUUGAUUUCUUAUAUGGUGGAUUAUUUCCAUUUUGAUUUGUCGAUAAUUGUGUGUUCGUUGAUAAUGGGAGCGGAUCAGAGUUCACAGGGGCAACAGCGAGACGCCCCUCCAACCCCUUCGACGGUGAAAUCGUUUCCCGAAGAAAUCGCUGCUUCCGCAAGGAACCCUCCCAUAGAUGCAUUCCACAACAACGAGCAGGCCCGUGUUGGUCGCCUGACCCGCUUCUUGAGCGACGCAAUGCCUUCCCGUCCCAUAUCGAAAUUACCCAUUCCACAAGAGAUACACGUGGUCAAGGAAGGAUCAAUUGAGGCUCCCACUAUUGAGCAGGACGACGAUUUGAAGCAUCUCCUGUCACUUCCGACUUUCCUACCUGUCGUUAAAGGAUCCGUCAGCAUACCUAGCGUGAGAGACUCCGAAAUUACUGAUCGGCUUGAUUACCGCAAGAUGUUGAUGAUCGGUUUACGGUAUCAGCAAUAUCUACGACAAUGCUCGGACAUUGUUUCAGUGGAACAGCAGGCUGUAAUGGGCCGUGUUAAAGAGGCGGACCAAACCCUGCUACGCGAAACAGCUAGUCUUUCAGAAAAACAAAAGCUCCUUGCCCGUUAUUCGGAGACUUUUGGAACCGUGACAGAUAUCAGCAAAACUUUGGAUAAAAUCAGUGUGAACUUGGAUAAGACAGUUGCCGUUAUGGAAAACCUGAAUCAGCAGCUGCCGAUGGAAUACAGAAUGCCUCCAUUCAAAGUUCACGAAAAAUAAUUUUUAUUGGUGUUUUCUUUCUUUGAAAUUUUUUAAGCGCCAAAUUCUUAAUAUCUAUAUCUGUCGGCUAAAGGUUUUCCUCCUUGCGAUCUCGAUUCUGCAGAAAAACAAAACCCUAAACCAAGGUAUAUAGGGUUAAACCUGGUAGCGCAGAAGUCGGAAAUCUGCUGUAUAAAAAUUCAGUAACUUU